UACAAUGUGACCCGCCCAAGCAGGGAUUUUAAAAUCGGUCAAUUACGCAGUUGCUAAGUGCUUACACAGGUGAUGGGUGUGUCAGAAAUUUGGCAUAAAAGCGACAAGCCACCAGAGCGGUAGGGCCAGUGUUUUGUUUGACAAACAAAAGUACCAGCACUAAAUCACAGGAGAAGUUUAUUACUUCAGACUAAUCAAGAAGCAUGGGAUUGGUGUGGUACAGUUUCUGUGGGCUUGUGUGCUUUGCAUUCCUUAAGGCCUCCACACAGAUGGUGGGGGAUAUUCGAGAGGCUUCUGUUGACGACCCAGGAGUACUUAAAAGUGCUCAGUUUGCGGUUGAUGAGUAUAACAAAGCAAGCAACGACAUGUACCUCAGUAAACUAAUUAAGAUAACUUAUGCAAAACAGCAGGUUGUUAAUGGGAUUAAAUACUACCUUGGUGUUGAACUGGGACACACAGAGUGUGAGAAAAGGAACUUCUCUGAUGCGUGUUCUUGCAAUUUGCCUCCCAGUCAAGAUCAGACAAUAUUUUGCCGUUUUGAAGUUCUAGUAGUUGCCUGGAGAAAUGAAACAACCCUGUUGAGUAUGAGCUGUUAGCCUGAAAGCUAUUGAAAAUUUGCACACAAGUGUAAAUGAGCUAUGUUCAGAAGUGGAAGAAACUUGAAAAAGCACCUGUUUGAAAACUAUUAAUCUAUUUCCUUUUACCUCUUUUGCAAUGUUAAUGGUGUUCCCUAAUGUUCAAGCGAUCUGCAUGUGAACCAAAUUGAUUUACUUUUACUUUUCUGCAGUUUUAGAGUUGCAAAGAAACUUUGUAAUGUAUUAUGGAAUUUCACUGGACAACUUCAUUUUCACAUUCUGUUGGCUUAUGUUUACUGCAUAUCUCUUUUAGGCAUCUUUGAGAAACCAGUUUCAUGGCAUGUUAUUCAGACAAAGUCCUGUAGUACACUUUGCAGUGAGAACUAUGUUUAACUCUGUUAUUCCUUUCGAGGAGGAAACACAGCUUUUAAAAAUGUCAACUGAUACAAUAAAUUCUGCUUCAAAAAUUGUAA